GGUCUUCGGUUUCGUUGUGGGCUUGCUUCUAACUUUGCGCCUCUUCGCUGCCGCGCCUUCUCGAAACUGUUGGGAAGUUGCCGGACUUUUGGUUGACAACUUUGACCUGCCGGCUGCAGACCACGGGUUCUUUGUGGAGUGGUUGCAAUAUUAUCCCUUUAGAAGGGAUAUUUUUCUGCAAGAGCUGAUUGUGGAAGAGUCGGAUAACGUUGCUUUUGUGAAGCAACUUUUGGUUGACAUAUCCAACGCCAAGCUAUGCGACUUUUGCACCCCGGACGAUCACCUUGCUGAGACUUUGGCAGCCUUGGACGAGGUCAUGCCACCGAAGCAGCAGCAGCAGUACAAUGUGCCAAUCGCGGGCGACUUGCGCCCCGAGGCCAACUUUAGCACUUGUGCUGUUGACUUUGAGCGUGCGGUGUUUAUCGACAUGCUUGCCUCUGCGAGGCAGGUGGAGCAACUUUGGUUGCCGAGAAUGCUGUACUUUGAUGUAGCGUGGAGCAGCCACGCCAUUUGGAUCACGAGCACAACGAACUCUUCUUUCUUUCUCCAAUGGCGCGACCGUGAGGCACUUCUUUGUCUGGAGUCCGAGGUCCAGCGAAACCCGGAAAGCUCAGAAGGAUGGAGGAUGCUUGGUCAGCUCUACGCACAGCUUGACCAAGACGUAGAGGCAAUUCAAUGUCUGAGGAAAGGUCACGAGGUUGAUCCCUACAACUUGGAUAGCUUGCUUGCUUUGGGUGUCAGCUGUACGAACGAGCUGGACCAGCUGCCAGCUCUGAAAUACUUGCGGACGUGGCUCGAAAACCACGAGGAUCACCAGGCCCUCGUAGAGGGAAUUGAAGUUCCUCCAGAUUUCGAGUACGACGCGUGGCGCCGCCAAGUCACCGAACUCUUUCAGCGGGCUGCAGAGGCCAACCCUCACGAUGCCGACGUAUUCGUAGCGUUGGGUGUCAUGGAGAAUAUCAACAGAGACUUCGUUGCGGCUGUUCAGGCUCUUGCCACUGCGUGUCGGCUGAGACCGAGCGAUCCUACUGUUUGGAACAAGCUCGGUGCCACUUUGGCAAACUCUGGCAAGAGUGAGGCGGCCGUUGUGGCUUAUCAUCAAGGGCUGGAGCUGAAGCCCAACUAUGCUCGAAGUUGGUCGAACAUGGCCAUCGCGCAUGCCAAUUUAGGGAAGCACAAAGAUGCUGCACGUUUGUACCUGUCAUCUUUAGUGCUGAAUCCGGAAGCCACGCACAUCUGGAACUUCUUACAGAGCGCAGUGCUGAACAUGAACAUGGACAGUCAGUACGCUCUCGAGGCAACGGAGGCCAUUGAGCAGAGAGAUCUGAAAGCCGCCACGCAGAUCAUUGAGGGUGUCCUCGAUCCGGCAAAGCUGCCGAAGCCCCUUGACCAUCCCACCAGGCCGCCUGAUGAGAUUCUGCAAUCCAUUGGGUUGUGA